AUGUAUAAGGAGUUGGCUCUUAUCAAGGCUGUCCACUUUAGAGGUCGCAGCAUGAGGCAGUUUCCUACCUCUAUGGUCUCAAGGAGCCCCUAUGAGGAGGGCCCUGGGAAGAAUUUGCUAUAUUCUAUGGAAAACAAAAGUUGGUUACUGAUUAUGAUGGCUAGGUUCUUUGGGUCUGGAUUGGCUUCGCCUUUCUUUAUAGUACGACGCCAACUGCUCAAGAUAUAG